AUGAGGAUUUUGAAUAUUUUAAAUUUAUUAGGCACAGCAUACGCUAUAACUGAGCAAGUCUCCCAAGAGUUAUUAGAUUUGCACAAGAACUUGAUUCUGAAUCCAUCAAUCACAAGAAACGAGACAUUGGCUGUAGAUUUCUUAUCGACUUAUCUUCAGUCAAAGGGCUGGAAUGUUGAAUUGCAGGACGUCAUCAACAAGGACAUUAAUCCUGACAUCAAGAGACAGAACAUAUUCGCAUACCUCAACGAUCCUCAAGAUGUAAAGAUGAUUUUAAACUCACAUACAGACGUAGUACCACCUUAUGUUGACUAUCAUUACACAACAGAUGAACAAGGUCGCGACGUUAUAUACGGCCGUGGUGCGAACGACGCAAAAGGUCAAAUAGCUGCUCAGAUAACUGCAGCCCAACAAGUUCGAUCAGCUGACCCAGAGAUGUCAAAGUCUAUUGGUUUGCUUUACGAUUUGGGUGAAGAAGGUAUAUUCGAUGGUGCAAAACAUGCACAAGAUAACCUCCCACCUAACUUGGAAUACUUUAUCGUAGGCGAGCCUACACAACUCGAGAUGAUAUCUGGUCAUAAGGGAAAUAUGGGAUUCGAAAUCAGAGCUAAAGGGUUAGCUGCUCACUCUUCAUCUCCUCAUUGGGGUGUUAACGCUAUCGAGAAAUUGUCUGAGGCUAUUCUCAAGCUGGAAUCUGUUAGCCUGCCUCAUGAUGAAUUGUUAGGCGAUACCACAAUGGCAGUAACAAAGAUAUCCGGUGGUACUGCUAUGAACAAAGUGCCAGAUGAAGCAGUUGCUUAUGUUAAUGUCAGAACUUCCGUACCUACAGAUGUCACAUGGCAAGUAUUGACGGAAACCGGGUUGGAGUCUGAAUGGAUAGAAAUAGUAUUGGUUGAUGAGCCUCAUAAUCCAGUCAUUCUUGAUACAGUUGAUAAUUGGAGACCAGUACAAACUAUGCCAUUCGGUACUGAUCUGUUCGCAUGGAAACAUCCAACAGCGAAGAAGAUGUUGAUUGGUUGUGGAUCAGUUUCAAGCGCUCAUAAGUUGGAUGAACACAUAUACAAGGAUGAGUUGGUUGAAGGUGUUGAUGUUUACGUGGAGCUGAUCACCGGUUUAUUGGAAGGUACGCUAAAAACGUCGACUACCAAGCAAGAACAAGCUGAGCAGCACAAGCAUGUAAAGGAUGAAUUGUAA